CAGGCUGGCAGGAGCAUGCAAAGCCUGGUUCACCCUUUUACUGUGGUUAUAGCAAGAGGGCAAUAGGGAAUAAUUUAAAGCCAACAGGUAACAGCAGCAAAUGGGGUGGGGGCACCAGCUGGAUGGCUAGCAGGGGUAAAGGCAAUCCACUGUGGAGGUCUAUGGCAGGGAGCUUCAACUGGAGAAGACUGACAGAAAUGCCUGAAGGAAUGAUUUUCAGCAGGACCGGACUCUGCAGUGGGGUCUCCGUCACCAUUUGGAGCUGUGGCCGGUGUUGCUGUGCCAUCCCAGCAGAAAUAACAUUCAUCCCAGAUUUGAUGAUAAUGAAAAUACAGAAAAAAGAAAAGCAGCUGCCAAGCUUAAAAGUGCUGAGCCGCUCCCCAAUGUCGGAUGCCUGGGAGUGCAAGGUGCAGGACCCCUUUGCCAGCAGUGAGGAGCAGGACGAGGUGCCCCACCAGGUGAUGAUGACGGCCAUGGACACAGGCGGCCAGUGCCAGUGCCUGGAGGAGGAGCCUGAUGGGGGUCCCCAGAAGCGGACGAGCACCCAGAACGGGAUGCAGGACAGUGGGGGCGGGGGCACAGGGGUGAAGAAGAAACGGAAGAAAAAGGAUCUGGGAGAGCAGGAAGGGGGAGAAAAAGCAGCUGUGGAGGUGAAACCAAAGAGGAGGAGAGAGCCUAAGGAACCAAAAGAGCCUAAAAAGGCCAAGGAGCCCAAGAAGCCGAAGGAGCCCAAGCAGAGGGAGGUGGCCAAGAAGCCCCGGAAACCUCGGGAACCCAAAGCCCCCAAGGAGCCUAAAGACAAGAAGAGUGGCUCUGAGCCUGCCCCCAGAACAAGACCCAAGAAGAGCAGCAAGGACACCCCUGUGGAGAAGAAGAAGAAAGGGAAGAGGAAAAAUGAGAUACCAGUGGACAGUUUGGAUUUGGAUCAGGAUCUCCUGAGCCCAUCCGUGCAGAGCCCAGAGGAGUCUGCGGAGUCGGCUGACAGCCAGAAGCGCCGCUCAGGACGGCAAGUGAAGAGGAGGAAGUACAACGAGGACCUGGAUUUCAAGGUGGUGGAUGAUGAUGGCGAGACAAUAGCUGUGCUGGGAGCUGGGCGAACCUCUGCGCUCUCUGCCUCUACUCUGGCGUGGCAGGCAGAGGAACCUCCCGAGGAUGAUGCCAAUAUCAUUGAGAAGAUCCUUGCCUCCAGGAUGGUGCAGAAGGAGGCUCAUCCCGGAGGCCUGGCGUUUGAGAUGGAGGAGUUCUACGUCAAGUACAGGAACUUCUCCUACCUCCAUUGUAAGUGGGCAACUCUGGAGGAGCUGGAGAAGGAUCCCAGGAUCUCCCAGAAGAUAAAGCGCUUCCGGAACAAGCAGGCUCAGAUGAAGCAUAUUUUUACAGAGCCUGAUGAGGAUUUGUUCAACCCGGACUAUGUGGAGGUAGAUCGAAUUCUGGAGGUGGCUCACACGAAGGACCCUGACACCGGGGAGGAGGUGACUCACUACCUGGUGAAGUGGUGCUCGCUGCCCUAUGAGGAGAGCACCUGGGAGCUGGAGGAGGAUGUUGACCCAGGGAAGAUUAAAGAGUUUGAAGCCCUCCAAAUCCCUCCAGAAAUCAAGCACAUGGUAACGUACCCAGAGGAGCGCCCAGCAUCUGAGUCCUGGCAGAAACUGGAGAAGUCCCGGGAGUAUAAGAAUAGCAACCAGCUGCGGGAGUAUCAGCUGGAGGGAAUGAACUGGCUGCUCUUUAACUGGUAUAACAGGAAGAACUGCAUCCUGGCUGACGAGAUGGGGUUGGGGAAGACAAUCCAGUCAAUCACCUUCCUCUCAGAAAUAUUCCUGAUGGGCAUCCAUGGCCCCUUCCUCAUCAUUGCACCUCUCUCCACCAUCACCAACUGGGAGAGGGAGUUCCGCACCUGGACGGAGAUGAAUGCCAUUGUGUACCACGGCAGCCAGAUCAGCCGGCAGAUGAUCCAGCAGUACGAGAUGGUGUACAGGGACACACAGGGUAACGCUCUCCCUGGGAUCUUCAAGUUCCAGGUGGUUAUCACCACCUUUGAGAUGAUCCUUGCUGACUGCCCGGAGCUGAAGAAGAUCCAGUGGCGCUGUGUGGUCAUUGACGAGGCACAUCGCCUGAAGAACAGGAACUGCAAACUCCUGGAGGGGCUGAAGCUCAUGGCCCUGGAGCACAAGGUGUUGCUGACAGGGACCCCCCUGCAGAACUCGGUGGAGGAGCUCUUCAGCCUCCUGAAUUUCCUGGAGCCACAGCAGUUCCCCUCAGAGACAGCCUUCCUGGAGGAGUUUGGAGACCUGAAGACAGAGGAGCAGGUGAAGAAGCUGCAAUCCAUCCUGAAGCCCAUGAUGCUGCGGCGGCUGAAGGAUGAUGUAGAGAAGAAUCUGGCACCCAAGCAGGAGACCAUCAUUGAAGUGGAGCUGACCAAUAUCCAGAAGAAAUACUACCGGGCCAUCCUGGAGAAGAACUUCUCCUUCCUCUCCAAGGGUGCCAACCAGCACAAUAUGCCCAACCUCAUCAACACCAUGAUGGAGCUGCGGAAGUGCUGCAAUCACCCAUAUCUCAUCAACGGGGCGGAGGAGAAGAUCCUGGAAGACUUCCGUAAAACACACAGCCCAGAGGCGCCAGACUUUCAGCUGCAGGCGAUGAUCCAGGCAGCCGGGAAGCUGGUGCUCAUUGAUAAGCUGCUUCCCAAGCUGAUCGCUGGUGGGCACAAGGUGCUCAUCUUCUCCCAGAUGGUGCGCUGCCUCGACAUCCUGGAGGACUAUCUCAUUCAGAGGCGGUACACCUAUGAGCGCAUUGAUGGGCGAGUACGCGGGAACCUGCGCCAAGCUGCCAUCGACCGCUUCUGUAAGCCCGACUCAGAUCGCUUCGUCUUUCUCCUGUGCACGCGUGCGGGCGGGCUGGGCAUCAACCUGACCGCUGCCGACACCUGCAUCAUCUUUGAUUCAGACUGGAACCCACAGAAUGACCUACAGGCUCAAGCUCGCUGCCACCGGAUUGGGCAGAGCAAGGCGGUGAAAGUCUAUCGCCUCAUCACCAGGAACUCCUACGAGCGGGAGAUGUUCGACAAGGCCAGCCUGAAGCUGGGCCUGGAUAAGGCUGUGCUGCAGGACAUCAACCGCAAGGGCAGCACCAACGGGGUUCAGCAGCUCUCAAAGAUGGAGGUGGAGGACCUGCUGCGGAAAGGUGCCUAUGGCGCUCUUAUGGAUGAGGAGGACGAAGGAUCGAAGUUCUGUGAGGAAGACAUUGAUCAGAUCCUCCAGCGCAGGACACAGACCAUCACGAUCCAGUCAGAGGGGAAGGGCUCCACCUUUGCCAAGGCCAGCUUCGUAGCAUCAGGAAACAGAACUGACAUUUCCUUAGAUGACCCCAACUUCUGGCAAAAGUGGGCCAAGAUAGCAGAGCUUGAUACAGACGCCAAGAAUGAAAAGGAGAGCCUGGUCAUCGACAGGCCCCGGGUGCGGAAGCAAACCAAACACUACAACUCCUUCGAAGAGGAUGAGCUGAUGGAGUUCUCCGAGCUGGACAGUGACUCGGAUGAGCGACCCACACGCUCGCGGCGCUUCAACGAGAAGACACGGCGGUACCUGCGGGCUGAGUGCUUCCGCGUUGAAAAGAACCUGCUUAUAUUUGGCUGGGGACGCUGGAAAGAUAUCCUGACCCACGGGCGGUUCAAGUGGCACCUGAAUGAGAAGGACAUGGAGAUGAUUUGUCGGGCCUUGCUGGUCUAUUGUGUCAAACACUACAAGGGGGAUGAGAAGAUUAAGAGUUUUAUCUGGGAUCUCAUCACACCGACGAAGGAUGGCCAGAACCAGGCUCUGCAGAAUCACUCAGGCUUGUCAGCACCAGUGCCCAGAGGCAGGAAGGGGAAGAAGACGAAGAACCAGAUGCUGCUUCCCGAGAUAAAGAAUGCGGACUGGCUCGCCACCUGCAACCCCGAGGUCGUCCUGCAUGACGACAGCUACAAGAAGCACCUCAAACAGCACUGCAACAAGGUUCUGCUGCGGGUGCGAAUGCUCUACUACCUGAAGGCUGAAGUGCUGGGGGAGGCUGCAGACAAAGCCUUCGAGGGGACCCCCGCCAGGGAGCUGGAUGUGCUGCUGCCAGACAUUGACUACGUGGAGAUCCCAGUGGACUGGUGGAACGCCGAAGCUGAUAAAUCCCUGCUCAUCGGCGUCUUCAAGCAUGGUUACGAGAGGUACAAUGCCAUGCGAGCGGACCCGGCGCUGUGCUUUCUGGAGAAGGUGGGCAUGCCGGACGAGAAGCUGCUCUCAGCAGAGCAGGGCGUCAGCGAUGGGGCCCAGGAUGCUGCUGAAAGGGGCAGCAUGGAGAAGGAAGAGAGCAGUGGAGGAAAGCUGGAGGGGCUGCCAAAGCAGGAGGACAUCGUGUCUGCUGGAGUGGGCGAAGCCAGUGAGAAGCGGGAUGAGCCAGUGGCAGCCCAGGAUGGCUCCGACUCAGACAGAUCCUGCUGGCCUGUCUCAUCUGCGCUCACAGCCAGACUGCGGAGGCUCGUCACCGUCUACCAGCGCUGCAACCGCAAAGAGCUGCCUCCCCGUGCCGAGAUGCUCGUGCCUGGUAACCAUGGAUACUGGCUGCAGGACGAGAUGUUCAGGAGAGCCUCUGAGAUGGACUCGGUGAACAAAGAAAUGCAGAAAAGGUGGACCAGGAGGGAGCAGGCAGAUUUCUACCGCACUGUCUCCUCCUUUGGGGUUAUCUAUGACCAGGAGAAAAAGAUCUUUGACUGGGCCCAGUUCCGAGCCAUCUCUCGACUGGAGAAGAAGACAGAUGAGAGCCUGGAGAAGUACUUCUACAGCUUCGUGGCCAUGUGCAAGAAUGUCUGUGGUCUCCCACUGUGGAAAGAGGAUGGUCCCCCAGACCCGGACAUCUACGUGGAGCCUAUCACAGAGGAACGUGCUGCCAGAACCCUCUACCGUAUCGAGCUUCUGCGAAAGGUGCGCGAGCAGGUGCUCAAGUGUCCGCAGCUCCAUGACCGGCUCAAGCUUUGCCGGCCGAGCCUCUACCUGCCAGUGUGGUGGGAGUGUGGCAAACAUGAUCGGGACCUGCUGAUCGGCACCGCCAAGCACGGCCUGAAUCGCACUGACUACUAUAUCAUGAAUGACCCCCAGCUGUCUUUUUUAGAUGCAUACAGGAACUAUGCCCAGCAUAAAAGAACAGGGCUCCCAGGCCCAGAAACCCUGUGCUGCCUUUACCAGACUAACUCCAAACUCUACAGUUCCCCUCUGUACAGCCAGGUGGACCGGACUUGUGAAUCCCUGGAGAAUGAAGCCGAGAGUCAGAUCAAGCUAGAAACUGUAGAUAACACCAUGUCCCAGGCUGGGGGCAGUCCACCAGAUGCAAACUGUGAAACAUUCAUGUCUAAAGUCAGGGACAUAAUUUCCAGUAACUAUGAUGAGAGCUCUCUGCCAGACUCGUUGGUGUGCAUGAUGUACGAUGAGAAGGCCUGUAACAGCGAGCAAAGCUCCCUUGCCCGAGACAGCCCAAGUUGCACAGAUGUUGGAAGCAGCAUUGCUAAACUCUCUGAAGGCAAGCUAGAGGGGGAUGAGGAUCCAUCCAGCUGCGAUGCAGAUGCCAUGAGAGAGACUCCCUUCCUAGAGGGUUUGCAGGUGGGCUGUGACCGAAUGGACAGUCAGAACGAGGAAGCUGAGCCUUCACCUUCUACCCCUGAAAGCGACCCUUCGCGGAGCAUCCCAGCAGAGCUCUGCGAAGCCUUGCAGCAGAAGGGAGACCUCGCCAGCCCUGCACCAGUGCUGCCUGAGCACGGUGCCAUGGAAGGGGUCAUAAGCGUGGGGCUCUACAGUCCCAGUCUUCAUAACUAUGACAUAAAGGUUCCUCCUGAGCAGAGGUUCAUCAAUCUGCUGCAGGAGAAAGGAAUGGAGGCAAAGUCAGGCCCAAGUCAGAGCCACAGCGAGGAAGAUGAGGAGGAGGAAGAGGAUGAUGAUAACUCUGAGGCAGCAGCAGAUGUUGUGGAAGGCUUGAGUGGUCCCAGGACCAGGGCUGGUUGUGACCCUCAGGCUAAUGAACUGGGGGGUGAGGAGCAGAGCUCUGGCCUCCCUACACCUGAGGACACUUGCCCAGAAGACGUGAAUGGCGAGAGAGAGUCCCUGGGGCUGGGAACACCUGAAGGACUGGGGGAGCCUGGGCCAGAGGGCAGGGAGGACCGCGGCUUGGAUGAGGAGAACACCCUGCAGCACUCACCACGCCAGGCUCAGAGCCAGGCUUUCAGCCUGCCUGCACCUCUGCUGGCGGCCCCAGGGGAAGAGCUCCCCCAUGCCAGGGGAGAGGCCUGGGGCCGAGGGGCUGAAGGGCAGGCAGGCUGCAGAGAGGCCCUGCACCCUGAGCCCCAGGGAGUGAAGCAAGAAGAGUGUGAGAACAGAGAUGAAGGGGAGAAAGCCAGUGGCAGCCAGAGUCAAGAUGGUCCAGAGAAGUACUUGGAGGAAGAGAGCAAGAGUUCUGCUUCUGUCCUGCCUGGGGUGAUCGAUGAGCUUCAGGAUGCCCGGGCACCGACCAUAGCCCAGCUGCUGCAGGAGAAGACGCUUUACUCCUUCUCUGAAUGGCCUAAGGAUCGUGUGAUCAUCAACCGCAUUGACAACAUCUGCCAUGCCAUCCUGAAGGGCAAGUGGCCUUCCUCCAGCCAGCAGUUUGAGACACAAAGCCUGCUGACAGCUCCAGCAGUAGCCACCAAUGCCAGCAGCAGGAACAGCUUUGCCGAGUCAGAAGCCCCCGAUCCCAGCUUCAAUAACGGGGUGUUAAUCUCACAGGUACAAAAGGAAGGUUUCCUGACCCCUGCCUUUGCAAAGGACGAGCGGAAGCACAGGAGGCUCUAUGAAUUCGAGAUGGAGAGAGAUGCCAAACAGAGGAGCUUGGAGCAGCUAGCAGCAACCCAUGUUCAUCCACCCAUUGUGCUGAAUGGCUGGCGCGAUGCAGCAGUGGACUUGUCCAGAGUUUCUGAUGGGUCCCCGGGGAGCUCCUCUCCUUUCCCCCUGAACACAAACAUGCCGAAAUUGGGGACCGUGAACACCCUCCAGGGCUCCCUGGGCAUGGACUUGUCUGGCAUCCUCCAGGCAGGGUUAAUCCAUCCUGUCACAGGACAAAUUGUAAAUGGCAGCCUCCGAAGAGAUGAUGCUGCCAUGAGGAGGAGGCGGGGCAGGAGAAAAAAUGUAGAAGGGAUGGACCUCAUCUUUGUGAAGGAGAGGCCUCUUCCAACCAGGCUGCAGGAUGUUCAGGAAGACCAGCCGCAGCCCCCCCAGAACAGUCCCCUCCCUGAUGGGCCGGUUGCUGCUACCUCAACUCCACAGCCAGUCCCAGCUGCAGGCAGCCAAGCAGAGAAGGCUGUCCCGAAUAAGAGUCUCCUUGACUGGCUCCGUCAGCAGUCUGACUACACACUUGACGUUCCCGGCUUUGGCACAAAUUUUUCAGACAAGCCCAAGCAGAGGAGGCAACGCUGCAAGGACCCCAGCAAAUUGGACAUUAACUCACUCACAGGAGAGGAGCGGGUGCCUGUGGUACAUAAGGGUACCGGACGGCGGUUAGGGGGAGCCACGGCACCAGCAUUGAAGGAGUUGCCAAGGUGGCUUGAUGCAAACUUGGAGUAUGCUGUUGCAGCUGACUGGGCUGACAUUGUUAAGCUUUCAGGCUACUUACCAGAAAGCAAAUUCAAUCGCAUCCUAACUGAGCCUGUGCUCCGAGACACGGGGCCCCGCCGGAGGGGGAGAAGGCCCCGAAGCGAACUCAUUAAAGGCCCCGGCGUUGUAGCAGAUUCUUCUUCUGGAAUGGGACCAUUGUUCAUGAACGGACUGAUUGCUGGGAUGGAUCUAGUAGGACUUCAGAACAUGAGAAACAUGCAAGGGAUCCCCCUGACUGGGCUGGUUGGGUUUCCUGCUGGAUUUGCAGCAGUGCCUGCCGGCGAGGAUGUGAAAAGCACCCUGAGUAUGUUGCCCAUGAUGCUGCCGGGCAUGGCUACCGUACCACAGAUGUUUGGCGUUGGAGGACUUCUCAACCCCCCCAUGACAACUACUUGUACUGCGACUGCUCCAACUUCGUUAACAAGCACAACAAAAAGUGGUGGUACAGCCAAUGCAGAGAAAGCUACUGAGGAUAAACAGAGUAGCCAGGAUGUGAAAAAAGAAACUCUCUCAGAAGAUAAGCCUGGUCCUAGUUCGUUUUCUAAUCAGACAGAAUCCGCAAUAACUACCAGUAGUCCUGUAGCUUUUAACCCGUUUCUUAUCCCAGGGAUGUCUCCUGGACUGAUCUAUCCCUCAAUGUUUCUUUCCCCUGGCAUCGGCAUGGCGCUGCCCGGCAUACAGCAAACCAGACACUCGGAGGCAGCGAACCUGGAAAGCCAGAAGCGGAAGAGAAAGAAAGCGAAAGGGGAAUUGGCAAACCCAGAGCCAGAAACUGUCUCACUGCUGGAAAAAGGAGCUGCAAACAGUCAAAACUGUACAGAGCAAACACCGCCUUUGUCGGCAGAGAAAGAGCAGGACGGACCAGCAGAGGAGGAGCGCAAAGCGGCUCAUGAUACAAAUUAGAACUUUUGUUUCAUUGAAAAAAAACACAAAAAGAUUGUGGCUUGUGAGUUUCUUAUCCCAUAAACUCUUUGUUACUUACCCUCCUGCCCCGCUCCGCCUUCAUAAACCUGUGUUUCCAUGAGUAAUAUUAUCUACCUAAUUCCCUGUCAGAAAAAACUCUGGUGACAUACUACAUGUUAAUAGUUGCAGGGUCUUGCCACUUUAUUAGAUAAACAGUGUUGUCUAGCUAGUAUGGGAGGCACCGAAUUCUCAUUCUGUUUUUCCAGUCGUUCAUCCCAGCCGACGAUAGCAAAUCCAGUACUCGGUCACCCCCCCAAAUUGCUCACUCCUUUGAGAAGAAAAAGCAGCAAAAAAACAAGAGCAAAAGAAAAGUCUUUACCUCUUGGUCUACACGCAGACAAGGGUAUUUCUGUCUACAGCGACACUGAACGAAAAAGCCUGUAUUUGGGGGUAAAAAGCACAGCUAUAGUAAGUGCUAAUGUGUAUUUUUGAUUUAAAGUAUUUCCCUAUUUUAUCAUGGUUACUAGAAUAGUAGUAUAGACAGAAGUAUAUAACUAAUGAUUGAAAAUGCAUAUAUUCAUUUCUUUGAAAGGAAAAAGCAUAACUGGUAGUGAUAUAAUUUCUUUAUCACCCCCACCUCAAAGGUUUGGAGACAAACAGCAGCGAGUGAAAAUAUGACGUAGACAUUCUUUUGUGUUUUUUAAAACCAAAGUUUGGUUUUAUGUUAAGUGGAGUUUAGUUGCCCUUUCCUCGACAGUUACAAGAACUUUUCAGCUCGAGCUGGAAAGGUUUUGCACAUCUUGCAUGACUUUUUUGGGAUUACUGUACCUGUAGCUACCAGGUUCUUCAUCAUUCUGCUAGUCUUCAGUUCUCCUCUAUGGCGUUAGUUCUCAUCUAUGGCAUUAGAAGUGCUGUAAAGGUAUGUUUUUCCAACCGUGAACAGGCCACACUGAUUUUAAUGCUCUUACAUGAACGCUGAGGCUUUUUGAGUUUUUAUAUUUUCCACUCCUUACCCCAGAAGCAACGUCCUUUCAGCAAACAAGGAAAAGGCUGUAGGCCGGCUUUCCUGUUUGGGGAGUCCUCUAAGAAGGACUGUUGAGACUUUCAAAGCUUGAGUUUCUUCUUUUCUAGCAUUAGACUGUGAAGAGAUGACCUUGGCUUCUUCUUUCCAUUCCAUUUGCUGUUGAACAGUAUUUCCGAGCCCCCCCCCCACUGGCAAAUGAUUUCAAUGUCUGCAUUUUAAAUGGACAGGUUUUAAUGCCGUCAGCCCCCCUGCAGCUCUGGGUACUGAGACUCCUCCACAGGCAACCCUUCUUAUUUCUCCUUCCCCACACUCCUUGUUUAGUUUUUCUUUCACUUGGGCUUGUUCUUAUUUGCAGCUCAUGGUUUGAGACUUGAAAUAAACCCGUGGUGGUGCAGCAGUGAGAUAAAAGGCAGGCUGGUGAGGGAGUUGGGAGUGUGCUAGUAAUCGGUUUCACAUUUGGUUGUCACAAUUUACUGUAUUUUUUACUUAUUUUCUGUUACAGUUUUGCUAAUUUAUCAGAUGGUCCAAAUGUUUUGACAUAACUAUUUCAGUUUGCAUUAUUUAUUUAUGAUGCUUUUUGUCAUUGUCUUUUAUACAUUUGGGAUUAUAAAUUAUGUACAUGUUAAAAUUAGCAUCUCAAAGAAGUCUGUUACCCACUGUCUAAAAAGCAUUUGGUUUCUAUUUUCACGGAAUUUAUUCCCAGUUUACUGGAUUGGAUGAUUUUUUUUUUAAGUAUGUAAUCAAUCAUAAUGCACCCCCCCAAUAAUUAAAUGUGUUCUAUUUAAUAACAUCCUUGUAGCAUAGAUACUGUAUCACUAUUGACAGAUUUCUUAGAAAUGCUGCUAUCUCUAUUUAACUAACAUUUUGUUCAGUUUUGCCUCCAGUGGAAGCAGAAAGGGUUUUUUCAGCUGUUAAAUCCAAAAUCAAUAUAAUUUAUUUAUGUAAAAAAAAAUCACAAUUGAUAUAUUUUUGAACCUUUUAAGUACUAACUUUCUUUUUAUUCAGUAGAAGAACAUGUACUUGCCCUAAAUCCUUAAAAUACAAAUGCUAUAAAACUUCAUAUAUCUUCAAAGCCUUACUGUGAAUGGAUACAGAAAUCUCUUCAGAGUCCAUUUCUUGUUAUGGGAUGGUUUUCCCAGGGUUACACACGUAAGGAACAGGGUUGAAAGUGAAAUUUAUUUAAUUAGCCAGCAUGCUCUAUACCUUGUUCUUCUUUAUCAGACAUGUAUGCUACGUCUCUGGGUGUUUAGGCUUCUCUUUGACUGCUACUUUGUGACCCUUUUGCAACCCGAUAUACUCUGUGGAUUAUUUAGACUGUAAGGCAUAAGUGGCUUCUUCUUUUCCAUCAUAUCCAAAACAAAUGCCAAAUUUUCACCGGUUUUCAUGGCUACUCACACAAACAUACAUUCUUCACCAAAUGUGCUAACAAAAUAAACUGUCUGUGCUCUUGAACAUGGAUAAAAAGAAAAAGAUUUAAAAGUCAGAUUUUUAUUUUUUUAAUUUAGUGACUAGAUGAUGCUUAUCUUUCAAACUUGGCAGAGCCUUGCUACAGAUGUAUAUAAUUUUUUCAGCAAAUAUAUGUGAAUGUUUAAUUCACCUGACUCAGUGAUAAACGUUACUUGCCUUUUUCUCAGCACGAAUCUGUUGAGAAGCUGUCAAACCCAGCGGACUUCUCCUUUCUUUAGGGUUGCUCUUCGUGCACCCUGAGAUGUGCAUUACUCUGGGGAAGGGCUGCUUGCAGCUGGCUGGCUCACCAGCUUUUCCUGCCAUGGAAGGAGGUUACUGGGCUAAGCCCCCCACUGCGGCCAGCAGCUCUUUCACCCAGCACCGUGUGGGUUAACUUGCCGUGCAGUGUGGAUUAACUUGCCGUUCUGCAUGGGUUGCAAGAUCACUGGAGCAGCCCAAGCUCCGCAGCCAGUUUAAGCACGCAAUGGUGCGCAGGGGCUCUCUGCCGACCCGCUUCGUCCAGAGGAUGGGUAGAAACCCAGAGACCAGUCAUGAGAUCACCCCGUACCAGUUACAGUCCUUUGCACUUACGCGGCACCUCCCAGCAGAAGAGGUGUUCAGUUCUUCUUACUGAGAUACUGAGCGCCUCCAUCUAAGCCUUGUAAAAUGCUAACAGGUGCCAAAUAAAUGCUUGUCAUAAAUCUC